AUGGCUUCCUUCCGGUGCCUUCGCGUAGUGCUUUCCCUCCCGGUGCUCGCUGCCGCCGAGACCUCCUUCUCCUCGACGCCCGCGCAGCUGGAGGCCAAGGUGACCCUGCAGACCAAUGGUUCGUGGCAUCUCGGAGGUUUCUGCUUAGGCCAAGCAGGCCCCGAGGAGAUGAAGGCAGCAGAGCUGACAGCUCACGUGGAAUGGGAAGGCACUCAGGAGCUCGGGGAGACGGGACCCGUGAUGUUGGUGGCCUUCGAUGCGCGCGAGCAUCGCUGGGGUGCCGUGAAGGAUUCCUGGGGCCAGCUGUCUUGCGAGGAGAAGUUGAGUGCCGCAAACAUGAAGCGACAGCUGGGCAAGACCCAUGAUUUUGCAGACUUUGCCUUCAGAAUCCACGUGCAUCAGAAGACGGCGAUCAGGGACUGGCACUUCGCGCUCCUCACGUGUGGGGAAACGGAGCAGGCGCCCUUGUCCCUGAGGCUGUCGGCAACGAACGGGGCCUUGAGCAUGUUCAAGGCCAACACGCACUUCGAUGCCAGCAGCUGCCCGGUGGACGUCCCAUGGCUGGAGGCCGCCCACGAUGAGGUGGGUUUUUGGCUGCUGCUCCUCGGAGCGUUGCUCUUCGGCUGCUCCGCAGUCCUGGCGGUGGUUCUUUGCCGCAACUUCCGCAAGAAGGCGGAGCUUCAGCGCUUUCGAGAAGCAGCUGCUGCCGGUGGAGCCUCGCCUGUGAUCGGCAGGCCGUGCAACCAGACAGGUGAGGCAAAAGUCGUGGACGGCCAGACCAACGCGGACGUGACCACAGUGUGGAAAGAGGCUGCUGGGUCAGAAGGCUGUGUGUAA